CCGCAAGGCGGCCCUCGGUAGCCACGGCAAAAUUGACGAAAUUACGAAAUUCAACGAAAUCGACCUAGGAUGAAUGAAUGGCAAGAAACGCUAAAAGGAAGUCACCUGCGGCUAGCGAGGCAGUGCAUUCUAAGCCGGCAGCGGAGUUGUACGGUCGAAUCCCGUUUCAAAGCCGCAGCAGAUAAGAAACCCAUUUUUUGGGCCCGUAGCUAGAACGCCCGACAUCGGUCCGCAAGUUCUUGCCAAAAUGCACUGGAUCGUCGGCGUCUUGUUCCUGCUUUACGCGAUUGUGGACGUCAACUAUUUCAUUUGGAGCAUCAUUUUGAUCACCGCGUACGCACUGAAAUGGAGAAGGACUGCGCGCUGCUCCCUUUUCGACCCCGACUGUUAUACCGGGAUCUCGUUUCCAAGCGACAUCGACCACCUGUGGCACAUGAACAACGCCAAGUACCUCCGCGCGUUCGAAUUCGCAAGGGCGGUGUUUGGCCUCAAGAACAAGCUGUGGGCCACGGCGAGAAAGCUCGACGCAAAGAUGCUGAUCGCCUCCCAGGCCGUGCGGUACCGGAAACCGCUAACCGUCUUCCAAUGGUACCGGAUCACCACAAAGGUUGUCUUCAUCGAGGGCAGGGACCUCUACGUGGAGCAUCAGCUUGUGACUACAAGCGACAACUUUGUCCGCGCGACAUGCAUGGUGAAGCUCACCAUGACCAAGGGAACGGUCGAAGACGUCCUCAGGGCCAUGAACUUGGACCCUUCGGUCUGCCCGAAGGAGGUGCCCGUCGAAGUCCGUCACUUCAUUGCUUACAACGAGGCCAACAGCUCCCGGCUAAACCCGGCUAAGGCCAAAGAAAGCUGAGCUUGUUUUUGCGAGCCGGUUUUACUGGCACACCCUUACUUAGACCUUUCUGAGAUGCAUGUCUGCUUUCACGUGCGGCAGCAGAGGCGCGAACAGUCGUUUGAUGGGCAUUUCUUUUUCGUCGGCAUAGUGGUAUAGGUAUAACGGUAUAGCCCCUCUUAUAAAGCUCUCUCGGUUGCCAUGAUUUGCAGUUUCCUCCCCUCCUGUGUAUGCUCUGCGGAAAUGGAAAAGGGGGAGGGCUUUGGGAGGUGCUUGUCGUCCUAUUUACUUGCAACAGAUUAUAGUGGAUCACUGUUCAGUACAUCUAACGGCACAGGGAUGUGAAAGCCGGUUUUCAAGGAUGGGGAUGCAUUUGCUUCAUCGGUUAUCUCUAGAAGGUGGGGGGGGGGGGGGGGGGGGGGGGAGGGUUGCCGAUGCAGUCAUUUUAUUCAGUUUUAUCUUGAUGCUACGUCUUAAGCUUUAGCUAUGUGUGAAGUCUAGACGAGGCCUUAAAUUGUAUGUUAAGAAUACAUAAGGUUUACUAUUAGUUUGAGAACUGUGGCAUCCAAGGGACAUACCUAAUUGGUGUCAAAGGCAGGAAAAAUAAUGGGAACCAACUUAAAAUAAACGUUAGCUCAAUUCGUUGUCAAAUUAUUGCCAUAAACUAAGAUGAAAGAGUGAUCUGUGGUGGUUUUAUCAUUGCUCCCUGCAGGAGGUGCUAGCAUUUUAUUGUUCACUCGUUAAUAUUUUCAAAAAAAAACGGAAGUCCAGUUGAGUGGAGCGUGUUAACUGGGUCACCACUGCCAUUAUGGGACAAACGAUCUCAACUCUUGGUUGUUUUGACUGAUAUGUUGCAUGGUGAAUGAUGAAAGUGGUUUCGCAUGUAACAAAAAGGUUCGAUGGAUGGCUGUGAAUAGCUGUACCUGUUAUAAAACCAAAAAUUUACCCAAAUCCUUCCCUUACCUAUCUGAGCCAAUUUCCUUCCCCUCUCCAUUUUUGUAACUAGUAUCACCAGGUGAUGUGGGAUUUUGCCAUAAUGACCUUUGCGGGAUCAGGCAAAAAGCUUUUACAUGUAGCAGCAGGGGUGCUCAGCAUAAUUGGAAAGGCUGCUGUUUCAUGAGUAGAAAAGCAUCCCUCUACAUCAUUCCAAUCCUCAGCAAAGGAAUCUCAGGGCUGUCUGAAAAUACAUCGGGAAGGUAGGGGUUAGGCUAUCCUUUUAUGCUGUAUUACCUCAGAUGCGUAUACUAUUUUCUGUCAGAACCCAAAUAGUAGGUCUAAUCUAAUAAUGCUGUCAUUCCUGACUUAAAACUACUAGGAAAGAUAAGUUAUCAUCAGCUGUUUUUAUGGAGGCUAUGGUGACAAAGCCCUUUUUGAACCCAUCUAUUCUUUGCAGGCCCCACUAGUAAUUGUUUUAGGCAGUGAGUUAGCAUAUACUCUAUGUUCAUAAGUAAGGGGCUAGGGCAUGUUAUUUAUUUGAUGUUGCUUUUUGCGUAUCUGCUCAUAGCGGAGUCAUAUUCUCAUUUAUAUUUUCUGUUAAUAAAAAUAUGUUUUUUGACUGAUCACA